AUGGCGGAGAACCACUGCGAGCUGCUGUCGCCGGCCCCCGGCGGCCUCGGGGCGGGGCCGGGGGGCGGCCUGUGCCGCCGCUGCAGCGCGGGGCUCGGCGCCCUGGCGCAGCGCCCGGGCGGCGUGUCCAAGUGGGUCCGGCUGAACGUCGGCGGCACCUACUUCCUCACCACCCGGCAGACGCUGUGCCGGGACCCCAAGUCCUUCCUGUACCGCCUGUGCCAGGCCGACCCCGACCUGGACUCGGACAAGGAUGAGACCGGUGCCUAUCUCAUUGACAGAGACCCCACCUACUUCGGGCCUGUGCUGAACUACCUGAGGCACGGGAAGCUGGUUAUCAACAAGGACCUUGCAGAAGAAGGCAAGUGGUGGUUUUCUGCGCAGAAACUUGAUCAUGGGGGCAGUCCUGGUGUGCUAAACAGACUAGCCAGCACCUCCCUGAGGCUACGGGUCUCAGGGGAAGGGCUGAUGCCGGUGAAGCAUGUGUACCGCGUGCUGCAGUGCCAGGAAGAGGAGCUCACGCAGAUGGUCUCCACCAUGUCCGACGGCUGGAAGUUCGAGCAGCUGGUCAGCAUCGGCUCCUCCUACAACUAUGGAAACGAGGACCAGGCCGAGUUCCUCUGCGUGGUUUCUAAGGAGCUGCACAACAUCCCGUACGGCACCACCAGUGAGCCCAGUGAGAAGGCCAAGAUUUUGCAAGAACGGGGCUCCAGGAUGUGAGGCGGCGCUGACAGCCGAGGAGACCAUUUCCUUUUCCCACAGAGCGUGAGCCGCCACGUCGGGAGGCGUGGCUGUGAGGAGAAACCUGCUUUUGAUCAUUUCUCUCGAGAUCUGGGUGCGGAUCCUUUUUACCUCGCAGGUGGGUGGUGAGAGACAGCCCAGCUGUCGGAGCCCCGGCAUCCCCGCGGGGGGGAGGCCGGGGCCGGUGUGGGCCAUCUCUGGGGCUCACGCUGUUCUUUCUGAGUGCCAUGUGGGACUGAGGCGGGGAGCCCCGGCCCGCUGGUGCAGGCCUGAAACUGUUUGAAGGACAGGGUUCUUGGUGCUACAAACACAGCCUGGGCCUCGGCCGGGGAGGGGCGCCGCCGUGCCUGCUGUGGGCACACCGGCUCGGGGCUCACACCGAGCGCCCAGCCCUUGAUCUCGGGUCAGGGAGCUCCCCAGCCUCCAGGCGUGAUCACGACCCCCCUGGGGCCGGGCCUCUGCCUCUGGCCUCGGGGGCUGCGGUGUAUCAAGGCUUCUGAUGUGUAUUUUCCAGGCGAGAGAACUUUGCAUCCCCUUUUUUCCGGUGUGGACAGCCCACCCGCGUUUAUACUCUAGAAAGGCCUGAACGGUCUCUGUUAGCUCACUUCACAGAGGUGGCCGCGGCACCCUGUCUGUCCUGCCCGCGGGCUCGGAGGGGGGCUGGCGCCCACCAGUGCCUUCGUGGCGCCGGGGUGGACGCUGGGGCGGGAGGCCUGUCCACCGGCUCCGGGGCCUGCUCUCGGGGUCACGUCGAAACUUGAGGAUGUUUACAGUGCAUCGCGUCUCUUCCACCGGCCCUCACCUCCUCCUACAACUAUGCAGUUCUCUCUAUUUCUGGGCCUUGGGCACUCAGCGGUGACGCGGCGCCCAUCGGGGCUGCUCACCGACACGACGUGGAGCAGCUGGGCUCCACAGCCCACCCCGUGGGCUCCUCCCAGGCCCCGGGAGCUCUGCGCCUCGCCUCCGGUCCCGGGGAGGGGGCUGCCGGGACCCUGUCCGUUCCAAUGCCUCCAGAAGCUCCUCGCCGGGGGCCCUCUUCCUCUUCUCCUUUGCCAGUAACCUGAUUAACCGUGUUCUCCAGCACCUCGGGUGUACCCCUCCCCCCUCGUAAGGUCUCUUGUAUGUCGUUAAAUGUUUGGCUUAAACAGUUUAUGAAAACCUUGUACCGGGGUGGGGGGCGUCAGCCACCAGCAGGAGCUGGGGGCGCCCCAGGGCCCCUGCCGGCCGUGGGGGUGCCCUUUGGGGAGCUGCUGUGUGCUUAGCAUUGUUUGAUUUAUGACCUUGACAUCCUAGAUAGGCUUGUGGGAUUUUUUUUUAAUUUAAAGAUAUUAAGACUUAAUUCACUAAAAUUUGUUCAAAGGGGAUAUUUAUACUUUUAUACUUUUUUAGGUAUCCGUAUUUUAUCAGCUUACUGUUCAAUGCCUAAGUUUCCCCUGAAAAUAGCAAAUAAAAUUGUGUAUUUAUGAAUGA